CGCUGUUUUUAUUUAAAUUUUGCAUCUUUUGUGAAUGAUUGUCAUGCAUAUCACCCGUUGCACGCUUUGUUCAGCAUGUAAUAUAUUUAGCUUGAUCUCCUUUCUUAGAAUUAUUCCCUAUGUUCUGUCUCUGAUGCCUGUCUGUCUGUGUGUAGCGCCUCUAGACCCCGGCCUGGAGACGACCCCCUUCCCUCCCGCGGCCCCCUGCACCCCCUCGUGUGGUGCCAACGCCGAGUGCCAAGUGGUGGGAGGGAAGGGCACUUGCGCCUGCCUCCCCGGCUUUUACGGCCGCCCAGAGCUCGGUUGCACGCCCGAGUGCAUCACCAACUCCGACUGCGUGCCAACUCGUGCCUGCAUCAACCAGCGCUGCGUGGACCCGUGCGCCGGCUCGUGCGGCGUGCAGGCCGAGUGCCGCGUCCUCAACCACAACCCCAUUUGCUCGUGCCCUCGGGGAUACGUCGGGGAUCCUUUCAGGGCGUGUCAUCCUGCUCCUGAACCUGUGUUGCCUCCGACGCAUGUGACUCCGUGCCACCCCGACCCGUGCGGGACAACGCACGCGUGCACAGCGUCAGGCACAGUGGCGUACUGCACGUGUCUCCCCGGAUUCUUUGGAGAUGCGCGCGUGCAGUGCCGCCCCGAGUGCCUGGUGAGCAGUGACUGCCCGCUCACGUUGUCGUGCAUCAGCCAGAAAUGCCGAGACCCGUGCCCAGGCACGUGCGGCAACAACGCCCUCUGCUCCGUCGUCAGCCACAACCCCGUGUGCGCGUGCCCCGAAGGUUACACGGGCGACCCCUUCACCGACUGCCGCGUCAGACCGCCGCCACCGGUCCAACCGGAGGCGGACACCAACCCGUGCGUGCCCGACCCCUGUGGCGCCAACGCCCAGUGCCGCGUGCAGGGCACCGUGGCCGUGUGCGAGUGCCGCCCGGGUACCUUCGGCAACCCCAACCAGCCCUCGGGAUGUCGCUACGAGUGCGUCGCCAAUGCCGACUGCCCGAUGGACAGCGCGUGCAUCAAUCGGCGCUGCGUGGACCCGUGCGUGGGCACGUGCGGCCUCGAGGCGCUGUGCGACGUGGUGGCGCACAACCCCAUCUGCAGUCGACCUGGUAGUGACGCCGGAGGUCGAGACACCGUCCAGCCCGCCGCAGGACCCGUGCGCCGGCUCGCCCUGCGGCCCUGCGGCGGUGUGCUCCGUCGACCGCGACCGCUCUCCUGCUCCUGCCAGCCCGGCUACUUCGGCAACCCGUACGAGGGCUGCCGCCCCGAGUGCACCGUCAACUCCGACUGCCCUCCGAGCCGUGCGUGCAUCAACAACAAGUGCGUGAACCCGUGCCCGGGCUCGUGCGGCCUCAACGCCGACUGCCGAGUGCUCGGCCACCAGCCCAGCUGCUACUGCCCGCCGGGCUACACGGGAACCCGUACUCGCGCUGCUCAUCGACCGACCUGCCGCCCCGAGUGCGUGCUCAACUCCGACUGCCCUCUGGCUCUGGCGUGCAACAGACAGAAGUGCCGCGACCCUUGUGUGGGUGUUUGCGGGGUCAACGCGGAGUGCGAGGUCGUGAACCACAACCCCAUCUGCUUCUGCCCCAAGGACCUCACCGGCGACCCCUUCGUCAGAUGCGUCAAACGUAAGUGUUGGCUCUGGUUUCGCUCUCUAACUCCCCUGUGUAUAGCAUGCCCUAACAUCUCCAUGAGAGCUGCAAGAACGUCUUCUCGAGAUUCGCGAGCGGCGCCGAAGCCCCCGAUGUCGAGCCCUUGCUCGCCUUCCCCGGCGGGACGAACGCCCUGUGCCGCAGCGUCGGGCCCGCGCCGAGUGCUCGUGUCCCCCGAGCUACAAGGAAACCCCUUCGUCAGUGUGUUCCCCCGAAUGUCCUCCAGCACCGUCCCGUAUGCGCGUGCCCGAGGCCUGAUGGGAGACCCCUACUCUGCUUGCCGACCAACCCCAACCCCCAUUCAAUCCGUAGACAAGUCGCCCUGCUCGAGUGGCCAGUGCGGCGACAACACCGACUGCCGUGAGGUGGGCGGGGCUGCCGUGUGCACGUGCAAGCCCGGCCUCGAGGGUGACCCGUACCUCGGGUGCCGCCCCGAGUGCGUCAUCCCCGGGACUGCCCUCGCCACCUCACCUGCCGCAGCCACAGGUGCGUGGACCCGUGCCCAGGGACCUGCGCAGACGAUGCCGUGUGCCAGUGAUCCUCCACCGGCCUCGGUGCUCCUGCCCGCCCGGACUCACCGGCGACGCCUACUCCCAGUGCUACAGCCCUCUUCCACGUCCGUGACGGCGUCGCCGUGCUCGCCCUCGCCGUGCCUGCCCUGGGAGGUGUGCACAGUGCAGGGCGCGGCCGCGCUGUGCCUGCAGUGCGUGGUCAGCAACGACUGCCCGGCGCACCAGGCGUGCGUGGCCCACCGGUGCAGCGACCCGUGCCCGGGCGUGUGCGGCCCAGGGGCGCAGUGCGUGGUGGUGGCGCAUAGCCCCGUCUGUCGGUGUGACCCCGGCCUCCUGGGAGACCCCUACAGGCGGUGCUCACGGCCCACUCGUCCUGUGCCCCCGCCCCCGCAGCCUGUGCCGUGCGUGCCCAGUCCGUGCGGCACCAACGCUCGGUGCCAGGUCAAGCUGGACCGGGAGGUGUGCGAGUGCGCCCCAGGUUACUUCGGCAACCCGUACCUGGGGUGCCGGCCCGAGUGCGUGGUGCACACGGACUGCGCCGUGCGGCUGGCGUGCGUACGGCAACGCUGCGUGAACCCGUGUCCGGGCUCGUGCUCGCCGGAGGCUGAGUGCACCGUGGUGAACCAUCGGCCUGUGUGUACGUGUCCCCCGGGCUUCACCGGGGACCCCCUCACCCGGUGCCGCCCCGUGCCGCAGCUGCCCCCGACGGCCACCAACGAGGCGAGCGACCCGUGCGACCCCGGGCCGUGCGGCGCCAACACGCAGUGCCGCGUGACUGAGGGCUUCCCCGUGUGCGCCUGCCUCCCCGGCCUGGUCGGCAACCCCUACCUGGGUUGCCGGCCGGAGUGCCAGCGAGACACGGAUUGCAGCCUGGACCGCUCAUGCGUGGGCCAGCGAUGUGUGGAUCCGUGCCCGGGCACGUGUGGCCGCCGUGCCUCGUGCAUGGUAGUCAUGCAUCGCCCCCAGUGUGCCUGCAAAGAAGGCUAUUCCGGCGACCCUUACUCUGCAUGUUUCCUCUUUACACCUCCCCCGGCCCCCUCCCCCGCCUCCGCCUGCAACCCUUCUCCCUGCGGGCCCUUCUCGGAGUGCCGCGACGUGGGCGGCAUCCCCCGCUGCUCCUGCGCCCCCACCUACGUCGGCACCCCGCCCCUGUGCCGCCCCGAAUGCGUUGUAAACUCCGAGUGCCAAGCGAACCGUGCUUGCGUCAGCCGGAGGUGUGUGAACCCGUGUACCUUGGCGUGCGGCGUGGACGCGGAGUGCCGUGUGAUCAACCACAACCCCGUCUGCUCCUGUCCCGCCCAGUACACGGGGGAUUCCCUCUCGAUCUGCUUCCCGGCGCCCAAACCGGUCGCCCCUCCGGCCCUGCCCGCUGUGGACCCCUGCGUAGGCAGUGCAUGUGGAGACAAUGCCGAGUGCUCAGUGAUAGGCAACUAUGCAGAUUGCAAAUGCAAACCUGACUAUUACGGCAACCCCUACGUUGCGUGCAAACCCGAGUGUGUAGUAGACUCUGACUGUCCCCGCUAUCUAGACUGCGUCAGGAACAAGUGCAUCGACCCGUGCCCUGGGGCAUGCGGCAUCAAUGCAAUAUGUGACGUGUUGAACCACCAGGCCAUGUGCAAUUGCCCGACGGGUUACACGGGAAGUCCCCUCGCGCGCUGCCACCCUGCGCAGGAGGUUAUCAGGCGACCCGACGCGCUCCUGCGCCCCGAGUGCAUCACCAACUCCGAGUGCCUCGCCGACCAGGCCUGCGUCAGCCACAAGUGUGUCGAUCCGUGUGUGGGUGUGUGUGGGCGCCAUGCCAUCUGUAGGGUGGUGCUGCACGCGCCCGUCUGCUCCUGCGACGCCGGCCACGUCGGCGACCCUACACGCGCGGUGCCAGCCUGUGUCCUUAAGAUACCUAAGCAUGAGUCUCACGCUGGACAUUUCACUAGUCUUAGAUUUAAGCUUAGUCUUACUGUGCCGAAGCCCGAGCCGCCAAGAAACCCGUGUUCGGGCGACCCGUGCGGCCCGAACGCCGCCUGUCGCGAGAUCAACCUGCAGCGGGUGUGCACCUGCCUGCCCGGCUUCGUGGGCAACCGCCGCGUGCCGCCCAGAGUGCGUGGUGCACCCGAGUGCCCGCCGCUGCUCGCCUGCCUCAACAACCGCUGCGUGGACCCCUGCAAGGGCACGUGCGGCAUCAACGCCGAGUGCCGCGUCAUCAACCACAACCCGAUCUGCAGCUGCCUCGGCGGCUUCACAGGCGAUCCCUUCGUCAGGCACGCCGCGCCCAUUGUGGACCUCCCCGAGCCGCCCGCGCCGCCCAAGGACCCCUGCGUGCCUGACCCCUGCGGCUCCAAUAGCUACUGCCGUCAGAACGGCGACCGCUACGUGUGCGAGUGUCGGGAGGGCUACUUCGGCAACCCCGAGAUCGGCUGCGGCCCCGAGUGCGUCCUCAGCACCGACUGCGCCAGCAGACUCACGUGCGUCCGCCAGAAGUGCGUUGACCCCUGCCCGACCGCAUGCGGCAACGGGGCUCAGUGCACCGUCGUCAACCACAGGGCCGUGUGUUCCUGCCCGCAGGGUCUUCAGGGCGACCCUUACACGCAGUGCGUCGUCAGUCCCAUCGUCGGAACCACACCCCCCACCCCGAUGCAGCCCACGGCCAAGACCCGUGCGAGCCCAACCCCUGUGGUCAGAACGCCGAGUGCAACCCGUGGGCCUCGACGAGCGCUGCAGCUGCCUCCCGGGCUUCUUCGGCAACCCGUACGACUACUGCCGCCCAGAGUGCACGUCCGACCCCGAGUGCCCCUCCUACCUGGCGUGCGUGAACCAGAAGUGCAUCGACCCGUGCCCCGGCACCUGCGGCAUCAAUGCCGAGUGCCUGGUGGUCACACACGCCCCCAUGUGCUACUGCCGCCGGGUUAUGUUGGUGACCCUUACCAGUCAUGUCGCCCUGAGCCAGUCACGACGCCCAGCCCCUUGGACCCGUGCAACCCCAGCCCGUGCGGCCCCAACUCCGAGUGCCGCACCGUCGGGGACCGGCCCGUGUGCGAGUGUCUGAGUGGAUACUUCGGCAGCCCACCCGAUUGUCGACCUGAGUGCAUAGUCAAUUCCAAUUGCCCCGUCAUAAUGGCUUGCGUCAACAAGAAGUGCCGCGACCCGUGCGCGGGCGCGUGCGGGACAGACGCCCUGUGCGAGGUGGUCAACCACAACCCCGUGUGUUAG